GUUGGACCUCCUUACGAUUCUCGUGUGUCCUGAUCACUGCGCCAUCUACAGAAAUAAAAUGAAUAAAUUUAAACAGCCGAUACCACUUCUGGUUCAGACUCCGUUCGAUUAACAUCUAGCAGUACCAGACAGGCUACACAAUGGCAGACCUCAGCGCAAGGGAAGUCGAAAAGGCGGAAUUCGCCUUCUCCAUUUAUGACGCCGAUGGCACGAUGGUCGUUGAUUAUGCCGACCUUGGCAAUGUUCUUCGGGCACUCAAUUUGAAUCCUACAAACGCCACCAUAGAGAAACUUGGAGGAACGAAAAAGAAGGGCGAGAAGACGAUGAAACUCGACGAAUUCUUGCCGAUCUACAGCCAAUGCAAAAAGGACAAGGAACAGGGAUGUUACGAGGAUUUCAUCGAAUGUUUGAAACUGUACGAUAAACAGGAAAAUGGAACGAUGCUUGGUGCUGAACUUUCACACAUACUGCUUGCACUUGGUGAAAAAUUAAAUGACGCGGAAGUGGAAGAGGUGCUGAAAGACUGUCUGGACCCAGAAGACGAGGACGGUUUCAUCCCUUAUGCCCCGUUCUUGAAGAAGAUGAUGGUGUUAUUGUAAGAAAGCCGGACCGUCACUAUCGCAAAGAUCGCCCUUCCGUUCCUUCGUAGAUUGUGCGAGAGAGCAGAAUGAAGUGGCAACGCGGCAACCAUAACAUCAGUAUCCAUUCAUCGGCAAACUCCACGUCACCGAGGGACAUGUUCAUUCUUCAUCAUCCUAUUCAUCCUCUGUUAAAAAAAAAAAUCUUCCGAUGCGUUCGAGCGCCACGCUUCUCAUAUUUUUGCACAGAACGACAAGAGACGAUUUGAAUCAACAUUCGUCGUCGUCGUGUUUGGUUGGGAAUUAAUAAACGAGACGUUGAAAACUAACGUGAAAUGCUGCAAUAAUCAAAGAACGCGCUAAAAUCACAUCUGUUUGACUCGAUGAACUGUAUCGUUGAGAUAAUAUGUACUUACAAUAAAUAAGAACGAUGUAUAAUAUACUAAUAUAUACUAUGUUAACGAUGUACGAAAUCGAAUGAAAAGAAAUCGGUGUUACUUGA